UUAACUCCCCCACUCGCUACAGGAUGACGCAGAUAGCCCCGGUGUGUGUGUCUGUGCAGAGCAGCAGCAUCCUCCAGCAUCUCCACCGGUUGAUGAUGGAGACGGGUACACGGAUGAAGCUGCAGUAGAGACCCAGGGAAAAUGCUUUGAGACACACCGAGCCGUGUUCAGCCCGUGUCCCCGGCCGUUGAUGACUUUUUUUCCCCGAUGGGUUGUGGAGGGAGUCGGGCGGAUGCGAUCAUCGAGCCGAGGUACCAUGAGAGCUGGACCAGAGAAACGGAAUCGACGUGGCUUACAAAUACGGACGUAGAGACCUCUCUACCAGUGGCCAACAGUAAAGCUCUGGAGGCCAGUCUGAGGGAGAAGAGGAUGGUGAACACAGGCACCCAGUGUGGGAAGCAGGCCCUCACAUCCACUGGCUCCAACCACCAGCGGAGACCCAGGAGAUCCCUAACAGAUCAGACCACUCGAGACUCCAAGAGGAGAGCAUCAAAGGAAGCUGGUGCAUCGUUAAAGGAUGGGCAGUCCGUCAGUAUCAACAGCAGCGGGGAUACUGAACCUGAAAACGUGUGUGAUGAAAGAUGAAGAUGCAACCAGGACUCUGUGAGGAAGAGGAAGAUGGACGAAGCUGCAAGCAGGGUCAUCAGGAAACAGGGCCGCUGAUUUACAGAAAGCGUGAGGAUGAAGUUUGCGAAUGACUCUCAAUCUCAGCGAUUUACAACAUAAGCACCUGCACAUGUCUCCAUCCAAAGACCUUGGGAUGCUGCAUCUUUGGUGUGCCAUUGCAAAUGCAUGUGUGAAGCAAGAGAGUAGAGCCAUAAACAGUGUUCACACUCCACCAUGCUUUUCUACGCCAUGCUUACGGUGCCGGUCAGGGAAUGCGUCACUGUGUUGAGCUAAUUUUACGAGAAAACUAGAACAGACUGUCUCAUAUGCACAUGAUAAUCACAAGCUGCACAUCAAAUGUUGUCUGUCUGGGGCCUCCCUUAAAAGUUUGCUUCAGUUCUUUGUGCAAAUAUAUUCCUUUUGUUGUGAAUGAAAAACGGAUGUGUGGGAGCCAAUGAUGAUGCUGUUGAACCUCGGUCAAUGCUGUAAAUGAUUUUUCAUUUCAAAGACCCUGAAGUGCUGUAUAGAAGCUGAGAUUUGGAAGUUUUGAAGCUUGAGGGCUGAAGAUAGUCGCUUCCAGCCUUCGCAAGAUGAAAAGAACAAACACACCCGCAUGUGCCUACAAUUCAUAUUGAUCUUAACUGCUUCUGGUUUCAAUUUGGGAUUUUUUUCUACUUUCUUCUGAAACAUUUUGUCUUUAGUUCUAUAUCUUCUCUUUUUGUUACAAGAAAUGUUAUUUGUGUUGCUUACUCUUAUCUGCAUGUAUUAAUCAAUCUCAAAUAGAUUCAGCCUUGGCUCUGCCCAUAAUUUAGCAAAAACAAUCUCUGUGAUUAAAUAAUUUGCCUUUUUCAGCACAUAAAAUUAGAAAAAGUGUGUGAUCACAAAAGGUGAACAAGACACUGAAAUUUAUGGCCAGCAGAGGGCAUUGUUUACCAGCUGGGAUCUUACAAGCUGAAGACCUCAGGAGGAUUGCUAAUGGCAUCAGCAGAAACCACUUUCAGAGAACCACUUAAUGGAUGCUUAAGUGAGUUUUGCUGGAGUCUAAUUAAAAGGCAAUCUCUCAGAAGUGUGUCGUCUGUGAAUUCAGUCUGACCUCACAUUAACUGCUUGUGAAACCUGUUGCUUAUCCAGUGUUAUACCGAUGAACUGAGAAGACGGAAAACUUUAUGUACAGUCAAAGUUUUGUGAUGGAUUUUAAUACACAGUAUUUAUUUAUCUUUUCUUCUUUCAAUUAAAAUCAUUUCCAGCUUCUUAAGUUCUGAAAUCAAGUGAGGUGUGAUAUGAGGAGUCAUUUCUCUUUGAACAUUGGCACCAACUGAAUUAAAAACCCUAUAUCAA